UCCUCCAAUGCACAAUAAAGCAUAACAAGUACAACAUGGCGAGUCACAUGGACGAAAGCAUGACUGACGAGGAGCUGAGACAAGCUCUUAUUCAAUAUAAAAUAGACGCUGGGCCCAUUAACAAGUCAACUCGUCCACUAUACAUUGCAAAAUUGAGAGAAAAGCAGCCUCCUAUUCAAACACAGGGUAUGGGUGUGGCUAAACUUCCUGAACAUGAAGAUGAGAAACCAGUACCACUUGAUUUGUAUAAAUGUCUCUGGAAUCAACUGAAUGAUCCGUAUCACAUAGCAUCCGACACGGUCAUAAUGUUCAGCGAUGGCUGCAUUCUUUAUGUCUGUAGAGGGAUACUGGCCUCAAUUUGUAAAGGACUCAAAGUCUUGCUCUAUAAUCAGGAACCUCCGUAUCCAGUUCAACUUAUAGCUUCAAAUGGACUCCAACACAUUGUUUGGGUUCGUGGUAAUGAAUUCAUCUCCGACUUAAAAGAGAAAAUCAGUAUGCAGGAUCGCACUAUUUUACACAAUCAGCUUAAACUGUUUCACAACGAAACUGAGCUCCAAGACAAAGCAACUUUACGAUCACAAGGUAUAGCGAGUGGAUCGCUUAUAAGAGUCAUGGUCCUGUCGUUGGAGAUGGUCCAAACCCGCUCUCCUUUCUCUGUCCAGUGUCGCAUGGCUCAACCCUCUCCCUCUCUCUCCAUCACUCACUUUAAACUGGGUAUGGGCAUGGAAGGGAUUCUGCCCUUGGUACCUAACGGUUUACACAAUCCUCAGGUACCCAUUCCGCCUCAGGUCCAGCAUAUACUAUGCGUUCAUGAUGUCCCCAGUGGCCCGUUUACGCUGAUGGUGGGAUUCCUGUAUAAUGGUACAUUGCCUACUGUGACAGCACCAGGAACUGAAGCUGUAGUCUUGACUAUGUGCCUAUCACUUGGCAAGGCAUUCAAUCUACAUCCUUUCAUUAUUCAUUCCUCCUAUGAACUGAGAAAGAUAUUAAAACGUAAUUCAAUGCCCCAGCAGAUUCAGCAGGUAAAGAAAUGUGCAGAAGCCCUUGGAAUAGCUUCUCUAUUGGAGGAGACCUUACAAAACAUUUGAACGUUCUCUUUGAUCCCUUGCCCACUACUAUCGCUCUUUUGUUGUGGCGAUAAAGUAUGUCACUUGUUUACAAUCUAUUUACAUUAUGUUAACUCUCAUUAUAUAUGAUCAUUAUUAUUGCUAGCGGGAAGUGAUUGACUCUCUGUGCUUAUAAUAUUACACGCAUGUAUGCUCUCAUUCAUUUAUCUCUUGUGUUUUAUUACAUUUAUUCAUGAUAUCUCUUAUAAUGUAAA